AUGACGGCUGCCGAAUACAAAUUAUUUGAGUCACUCCUCCACCAGCCGCUGGGGUGGGUGGGGUAUAUAAGGAGCCCUGAGACGUGGGUGCUCAGUUGUCCGGCAGCCGCCGUGGAGUUCUGGUUGAGCCCACUGGAAAAUACAGACCUCGUCGACCGACCCAACCGCGGGCCAGUGGGCUGCGACAAGCCCACCCGAUCAGCAGGCUGCGACAAGCCCACCCGACCAGUGGGCUGCGACGAGCCCACCCGACCAGUGGGCUGCGACAAGCACACCCGACCAGUGGGCUGCGACAAGCCCACCCGACCAGUGGGCUGCGACAAGCCCACCCGACCAGUGGGCCACGACAAGCCCACCGGGUCAGUGGGCUGCGACAAGCCCACCCGACCAGUGGGCUGCGACAAGCCCACCCGACCAGUGGGCUGCGACAAGCCCACCCGACCAGUGGACUGCAACAAGCCCACCGGGCCAGUGGGCUGCGACAAGCCCACCCGACCAGUGGGCUGCGACAAGCCCACCGGGCUGGUCUUCUUCGACUGGAAGGCCGCGGAAGCCCAGUGGGCGAGGGACGCAGCGAGGGCAGGAGGGCUGCGCUUCCCUCUUCCCCCCGCCCUCUUGCGGCGGUGGGCGUGUGAGCUGACAGCCCUCAGAGGGGGGCGCCUCCGCCCCCCGCUGCCAGGGGGAACUGGCUCUGCUGCAGCUUCAACAAAUGCAUCAACAGCUGCAUCAACAGCUGCAUCAACCUCUGCAUUAGAUGCUACAUCAGCAUCUGUAUCAACAUCUGCAUCAAUAGCCACAUCAACAGCUGCGUCAACAGCUUCAAAAACAUCAACAUCAACACUAAAAUCGAGACUAAAGACUAAAUUCAAAAUGAAAGUUUGGCCAAAGCCACCAACUGAUGGAACGUCGGAUAAAAUUUCAAUUUCAUCCAAAAAUUCUAAGGCAGACAGAAUUUCUUUAAAGGAUAGAAUGGACAGAACGGAUCAAAUGGACAGAACGGAUAGAGCAUCCUUGUACAGACAAAUAUAUUUUGAUGAAUCGAUAUUGAUUCGCGAAAGUGAAGUUGAUGGAUGAAUUUUUACUUCAUAAAUAUACUAAGAAUUUAUGACUUACUGUGAUUCAUUUUCGAUUUAUUUCAGUGAAAAUUAUUUCUUAUUCUAUUAGCGUUUGAAC